AUGGCCGACAGAUACUCCUUCUCCCUUACCACCUUCUCGCCCAGGUAUGUCGGACUCCAUCGCUCAUUGCUGCGACGUAACUGACACCUCGCAGCGGAAAACUCGUCCAGAUUGGUAAUGCCGAUCAAGUCCAACACACGAUUUGCCCUGUGCUAACUAUGUUCAAGAAUAUGCGCUCAAUGCAGUCAACCAGGGUGUGACCUCUCUGGGCAUCAAAGCCGCCAAUGGCAUUGUCCUCGCCACUGAAAAGAAAUCCUCCACACCACUCAUCGAUGCCGCCUCCUCGUCGAAGGUCUCCCUUGUAACGCCAAACAUCGGAAUGGUCUACUCAGGUAUGGGUCCAGACUACCGCGUGCUAGUCGACAAGGCCCGGAAGGUCAGCCACACCAACUACAAGCGGAUAUACAACGAAUACCCCCCGACUCGGAUAUUAGUGCAGGAUGUCGCGCGCGUCAUGCAAGAGGCGACACAGAGUGGAGGUGUGCGGCCGUACGGUGUGAGCCUCCUCAUUGCCGGCUGGGACGAGGGCGUCGAGCCACAGCAGGAAGAGAAGGAGGCAGCUGAAGACAUGGCGGUGGACAGCGACGAGAAGAAGAAGACGAGCAAGACAGGUGGCAUCCUGAAGGGUGGACCAAGCUUGUAUCAAGUGGAUCCAAGUGGGAGCUACUUCCCAUGGAAGGCGACGGCUAUCGGAAAGAGUGCGACGAGUGCAAAGACUUUCUUGGAGAAGCGGUACACUGAGGGUCUGGAACUGGAGGAUGCGGUACACAUUGCGCUCUUGACGCUGAAGGAGACAAUUGAGGGCGAGAUGAAUGGAGAGACUGUGGAGAUCGGAAUCAUCGGCCCACCCGCCAACCAUUUGCUGGGAUAUGAAGGUGUAGAGGGUAAGUCAAUGGCAUCUCGAAAAGCAUGCAAUGCGAUGUUCAGUGCUAAUCAUAUACGGCAGGUGCGGUCGGACCGCGAUUCAGAACACUGAGCCCGCAAGAGAUUGAGGAUUAUCUCACGAACUUGUAG